AAAACUGCAUUUAAGAACAAGUGGCUUGUUUCAAGGACCACAUAAACAUUUGCCCAGCUAACGUAUGAAAGUGUAUUGCAUGUAUUUAAUGAGCUCUACACGGCAACUCUGUGUGCUACCACAAAAAUAUAAUGAGCCAGGCACUCAAUGAAUCGGCGAAUAGUAUUGGCUCAGACGAACAAGAUGACCCCCGUGAUGAGGCAAACGGCACGGAUAACAGUGGCAGUGGCAGCGGCAGUGGCUCCUCCGGAUCCGACUCUGAUUCGGAUAGUUCGUCGGGAAAUUCCAGCGAUGGACGAAGCUCUCCGGAGCCGAAUGUCAAACCAUCAAGCACAUCGGUGGCGGGUUUUCCACCAACAGCAGCAGCUGCACAGGCGGACAGUAAAACGAAUGGCUUCACAGAUGAUCAGGAGGAGAGUUCCAGUGGCGGAUCAAGUGGCAGCGACUCCGAUUCGGAGCCGGAGGAAACCAGAACAGGAGCAGACCAUACAGCAACAGGCGGCAAGCUCAGCGCGAACACGAGCACGAGCACCACCAACAGCAGCAGCAGUUCAUCAAAGCAGCAGCAGGACGAGGAGGAAGACGAAGAUGACGACGACGAUGACGACAAAGAGACUGAAACUGUACAGCAACAGAAGGAGCAAGAGCAGGCGGCUGACAGUGAAGCCUCCGCCGAUGAUGAUGCCAGUGAUAGUUCUCCAAAUGCAUCGCCCACAUCCUCAAGCAGCAGCAGCGAGGAUGAGGAGGAGGACUAUAGACCCAAACGAACGCGCCAGGCGCGCAAGCCCCCAACCGCCGCACCCGAUAAAUCGAAGCGAGCGCCGCCACACAAGAAGAAAAAGAAAACCUGGGACUCGGACGAAAGCGAUGAGAGUGACGAGAGCGAUGAAGAGUCAUCCGCCCCUAAGCGCAAGCAGGCGCCAGCCACUACCUCUAGGAAUAAACCAGUGCCACAGCAGCAACAGCGACGUCGGGUGAAGUCCUUUAGCUCCGAUGACAGCGACGAUGAUGAUGCCAGCAAGCGCUGCGCCACGCGUAGGACUGGAGCCGCGGUAAGCUACAAGGAGGCAUCUGAAGAUGAGGCCACGGACUCGGAGGAUCUGCUGGAGUGCGAAUACGACGAGAUCCAGGCGGCGGCAUCGGCGGCCGCUGCCGUGGAGGACGAGAAAUGUGAGACCAUCGAGCGAAUCCUGGCACAGCGGAUGGGCAGGAGGGGCUGUACGGGCAAUAAGACCACGAUAUAUGCCAUCGAAGAUCCCCAUGCGAAAGUGGAAGAGGUGGAAAAGGUGGCAGAGGCGGAGGAAGAUUUACCAAAGGAGGAGGAGGAGCAAUAUCUGAUCAAGUGGAAGGGCUGGUCGUAUAUCCACAACACAUGGGAGUCGGAGCGUACGCUGCGCGACAUGAAGGCCAAGGGCAUGAAGAAGUUGGACAACUUCAUCAAGAAGGAACAGGAGACUGCCUACUGGCGCCGCUAUGCGGGCCCCGAAGACAUCGACUACUUUGAGUGCCAGCAGGAGCUGCAGCACGAGCUGCUGAAGUCUUACAACAACGUGGACAGGAUCAUUGCGAAGGGAUCCAAGCCAGAUGUCGGUACCGAUGAGUUCCUAUGCAAAUGGCAAUCGUUGCCCUAUGCCGAGGCUACCUGGGAGGAUGCCACGCUGGUGCUGCGCAAGUGGCAGCGCUGUGCCGAGCAGUUCCAUGACAGGGAGUCUUCCAAGUGCACACCCUCGCGUCACUGCCGUGUCCUCAAGUAUCGCCCCAAAUUCUCGCGCAUCAAGAAUCAGCCCGACUACCUGGUGGCGGGUUUGGUGCUCAGGGACUAUCAGAUGGACGGCCUCAACUGGCUGCUGCACUCGUGGUGCAAAGAGAACUCUGUCAUUCUGGCCGAUGAGAUGGGCUUGGGCAAGACAAUACAGACGAUAUGCUUCCUCUACUCCCUGUUCAAGGUGCACCACCUGUACGGGCCCUUCCUCUGUGUGGUACCGCUUAGCACGAUGACUGCCUGGCAGCGGGAGUUCGACCUGUGGGCGCCGGACAUGAACGUGGUCACCUAUCUGGGGGACAUCAAGUCGCGCGAGAUGAUCCAGCAGUACGAAUGGCAAUUCGAGGGCUCCAAAAGACUGAAAUUCAACUGCAUCCUGACCACAUAUGAGAUUGUCCUUAAGGACAAGCAGUUUCUGGGCACCCUGCAGUGGGCAGCGUUGCUGGUGGAUGAGGCGCAUCGCCUCAAGAACGACGACUCGCUGCUGUAUAAGUCGCUCAAGGAAUUCGACACAAAUCAUCGACUGCUGAUCACGGGCACGCCCCUGCAGAACUCCCUGAAGGAGCUGUGGGCCCUGCUGCACUUCAUAAUGCCCGAGAAGUUCGACACGUGGGACAACUUUGAGCUGCAGCACGGCAAUGCCGAGGACAAGGGCUACACCCGACUGCACCAGCAGCUGGAGCCGUAUAUCCUGAGGCGGGUGAAGAAGGAUGUGGAAAAGUCGCUGCCAGCCAAAGUGGAACAGAUUCUGAGGGUCGAGAUGACCUCGUUGCAGAAGCAAUACUACAAAUGGAUUCUGACCAAGAACUUUGAUGCGUUGCGGAAGGGCAAGAAGGGCUCCACGUCCACCUUCCUGAACAUAGUCAUUGAGCUAAAGAAGUGCUGCAAUCACGCGGCCUUGAUCAGGCCCUCGGAAUUUGAGCUGAUGGGCCUGCAGCAGGACGAGGCUCUGCAGACGCUGCUCAAAGGCUCGGGCAAGCUGGUUUUGUUGGACAAGCUGCUCUGCCGACUGAAGGAGACGGGCCAUCGGGUACUCAUAUUCUCGCAGAUGGUUCGAAUGCUGGACGUCCUGGCCGACUACCUCCAGAAGCGACACUUUCCCUUUCAGCGCCUUGAUGGCAGCAUCAAGGGGGAGAUGCGUCGCCAGGCGCUCGACCAUUUCAAUGCCGAGGGCAGCCAAGACUUUUGCUUUCUGCUAUCCACCAGGGCCGGUGGCCUGGGCAUUAAUCUGGCCACAGCCGACACAGUCAUAAUUUUCGACUCGGACUGGAAUCCCCAAAACGAUCUGCAAGCCCAGGCACGAGCCCAUCGCAUUGGCCAAAAAAAUCAAGUGAAUAUAUAUCGCCUGGUCACGGCCAGAUCCGUUGAGGAGCAGAUUGUGGAGAGGGCCAAGCAGAAGAUGGUCUUGGACCACCUAGUCAUCCAGCGGAUGGACACCACGGGUCGCACGGUGCUGGAUAAAAGUGGCAACGGCCACUCCUCGAACUCCAAUCCGUUCAACAAGGAUGAUCUCUCCGCCAUACUGAAGUUUGGCGCCGAGGAGCUGUUCAAGGACGAGCCGGAGCACGACGAACAUGAACUGGUCUGCGACAUUGAUGAGAUCCUGCGGCGGGCUGAGACCCGGAACGAUGAUCCGGAGAUGCCGGGCGAUGAUCUUCUGUCCGCCUUCAAGGUGGCUAGCAUAGCGGCCUUCGAGGAGGAGCCGAGUGAAUCGAACAAACAAGAUGUGGACGCCGGCGACGAUGCGGAGGACGACAGCAAGGACUGGGAUGACAUUAUUCCCGAGGGCUUUCGCAAGGUCAUCGAGGAUCAGGAGAAGGCCAAAGAAAUUGAGGAUCUCUAUCUACCGCCUAGAAGAAAGACGGCGGCGGCCAAUCAAAGCGAGUCCAAGCGUGGAGCCGGCGGCAAGGCCGGGCGGUCCAAGCAGGCGGACGACUCUGGCGACUCCGAGUACGAGCUGGGCUCCGAUGCCAGUGGGGAUGAGGGUCGUCCCCGCAAGCGUGGACGUCCCACAAUGAAGGAGAAAAUCACUGGCUUCACCGAUGCUGAGCUGCGUCGCUUCAUUCGCAGCUACAAGAAGUUUCCCGCCCCCCUACACCGCCUGGAGGCCAUUGCGUGCGAUGCAGAGCUGCAGGAGAAGCCCCUGACAGAGCUGAAGAGACUCGGCGAAAUGCUGCACGACCGGUGCGUCCAGUUCCUAGACGAGCAUAAGGAGGAAGAAAUUAAGACUGUGCAGGACGACACGCCGGGGGCAAAGCAGCGGCGCGCACGGGCCACCUACUCUGUGAAGCUCGGGGGCGUCUCCUUCAAUGCCAAGAAACUGCUGACAUCUGAGCAAGAGCUGCAGCCCCUUAGCGAGAUCAUACCCAGUGGGGCGGCGGAGAGGCAGCAGUGGACAUUCAACAUCAAGACGCGGGCGCCAGUUUUCGAUGUGGAAUGGGGCAACGAGGAGGACACCAAACUGCUGUGCGGCAUUUAUCAGUAUGGGAUCGGGUCGUGGGAGCAAAUGAAGCUGGAUCCCACCCUGAAACUUACCGACAAGAUCCUGCUGAACGACACCCGCAAGCCGCAGGCCAAGCAACUUCAGACCCGAGCCGAGUACUUGCUCAAGAUCAUCAAGAAGAAUGUGGAGCUGACGAAGAAGGGCGGUCAGAAGCGCCAACGACGGCCCAGAGCUGCACGAAUCAACGCAGAGUCAAAGGCCGGCAACAACUCCAACAACCAUUGCGCCACAUCUGGCGCUAUGGCCGAGAGCAAGGCGUUGGGCGAGGCCGAGGAAACUGUUGACGGGGGUCGGGGGGCACUGGAUAAUAGUUCCAGCCACUUGGAUCCCUCCUCCACAGCUUCGCCGCACCUGACUCCAGCCUCUGAAGUGAGCGGCGGCGGCACUGCCCAAAGGACUAAAAAGUCUAAGGCCAGGUCGAAGAAAACUAGCGCCUCGGACAAUAAUGGCAACAAGCCCAUGCACUUUACGGCCAAUAACGAGCCGCGGGCCUUGGAGGUCCUGGGCGAUUUAGAUCCCAGCAUUUUCAACGAAUGCAAGGAGAAGAUGCGUCCAGUCAAGAAGGCCUUAAAAGCCCUGGAUCAACCCGAUUUGAGUCUGUCCGAUCAGGAUCAGCUGCAACACACGAGGGACUGCCUGCUACAGAUCGGAAGGCAGAUUGAUGUGUGUCUGCAGCCUUAUGGCGAGUCGGAGAAGAAGGAGUGGCGCAGCAAUCUGUGGUACUUUGUGUCCAAGUUCACGGAGCUGGAUGCCAAGCAUCUGUUCAAGAUCUACAAGCAUGCCCUCAAGCAACAGCUCAGUCGGGAGUCGGGUGGCAAGGGAAAGAGCAGGGCUGGCUCCAAGGAGGAUUCGGUCAGUCCCAGCAAGAUCCGACGCAAUGGUCUUCCAGCGGAAAAGGACAAAGACAGGGAGCGGGACAAGAGCGGCAAGAAGAAGCGGAAAGACAAGGACAAGGAACGUGCGGGCCAGUCGCGUUACUCGGAUGGCGGUACCCCGUCUUCGGGUCGCUUUGUCAACGACUCACCACUCAAAAGAAAGCGGGAUGAGAACGAUGUGGACGGCGGUAGCAGUGCGGGCGGCAUCGUGGCCAUUGUUGGCGGCGGCAUCAGCGACCAUCUCAAGUCAAUGUCCUUCAAGCGUCUAAACAUGGAGCGUCACGAGGAGCGUAAGAAGCAUCACCGCAGCAGCGAAUACUAUGGCAGCAGUGGAGCUGCUCCGACGGGCAGCUGCUACGAAGGCAGCAGCAGUGCUCGCAGAGCGGGCCUGAACUCUCCAUCCACGCCGAACAGCCGCAGUGCUCGUAGUGGAGGUGGUUACGAGGCACUGCCUGCUCCGUCGGGCUAUACGCCGGAACUGGAGCGUUGGCACGCCAGAGAACGGUAUAGCUUGGAGUAUAAGCGCGAUCGCUAUGAAGUCGGUUAUCCUCGCAGCGGCGGACCUCCCGGGGGCUACCAUCGGGAUCACCGCGAACGUGAUCGCGACCGUCGGCCCGAUAAGCGAAGAUAUCCUCCUCACCUGCCGCCGCACGCCUACCCGAGUCACUAUCUGCCGACCAAUUAUUAUAUGCCGAAUGGGAUCGUGCCCGCUUUACCUCACCCGCCAGGAUACCGCAGCGAUCCGCGUGGGUAUCCCAUGAUGCCACGCGACUAUCCUGCCGAUUAUCGACGCAGCGACUACGAGCGACGUACGCAGACGUGAAAAGCGCCAAAGCGGCGUCCACUGUACAUAAAACUAAAACUACGAGUAGAUUUAAGCAAUUGUGGACACAACACAAACCAAUCAUAUAAGAAAAAGCCUGAAUACAAGACAGGCACAGGUAGCAUACGGUAGCGUACGGAUAUGUAAGAGUAAUGCCUAUCUAUCAGUUUAUCUAUUUAGUUUAUAUAUAACCAACCGAACCUAUCGUCACAUCUGAUCGCACAGUGCAUCAUCCACAUUGUCAUGUCAUUCAUGGGGCAGUACCAAUAAUUCUGUGUAAUCAUAGGCUUUAAUUGUAUUAUAUUUUAUUUUAUUAAUUGUA